ACUCGUCGUCAUCGUACUAUAUUUACAGAAGAGCAAUUGCAGGCUCUGGAGGAAACCUUUCACCAUAACCAGUACCCAGAUGUGAUUGCUCGGGAACAGCUGGCAGGACGAAUCCAACUAAGAGAAGAGCGAGUAGAGGUAUGGUUUAAAAACCGCAGAGCAAAGUGGAGGAGGCAAAAAAGAGUCACAGCAUCUGUUCUCGUCCUCCAAGGGAAGAAAAACAUGGAUGACUCUUGCUAG